CUUCCUUCGGCCCUCCUGGCCCUCCCCGCGCCGGGCCGCCCCCCUCUGUCCCCCAGCGCUGCCCCGGGGCCGCGCAGCGUGUUCAAGCACUUGCCCUCCACCGCCAGCCAAGGAGUUCGGCAAGCGCAGUGGCUCACCAAGACGAAGCUGGUGGAAGGCUUACCGCCGUCGGUGCUCAGCAUCGUCGACAACCCGGCUCACCACCUCGAGGCCCACGAGGAGGGGGUAAAGCGUGCGAUCUCACACGCGCGGCUCUGGGACACGACAGAAGUUGCUCCCAAGAGAGAACAUUAUUGCCCAGUACUCUUUGAGGACUUGAUACAUUUGUGUCGGUUAAUGUCUCUGAAGUAUCCUGCUCUGACGAAACGAAUGUUGGCUAGAAACUACAAGAUAUCAGCUACGUGGGAAAGAGAAUCCGUUCUCCUUCAGGUCCGUGGCCUGAAUGGAAUACUUAUGAACUCUAUGUCUCCAAUACCACCAGUAGCCUCCAAGGAGGAGAUACUGGCCACAGAAGAACAUGUUCUGGAGACCUUCUAUCCCAUCUCUCCUACAAUUGAUCUUCAGGAAGUGAAAGUGUACAAAGAGCUCAAUGAUACAGGUUUUAGAGAUGGUUAUCCGUACUCUCAUCCUCACACUCUGUUCUUCCUGGAAUCGGCCAACAUUCGUCCUAACAGGUUCAGACCAGAACAACUUCGUGCUAAAAUGCUGAUGUUUGCUUUCGGCAAUGCGUUGGCGAAGGCUAAGGUGUUGUACGGGAAUGAUCCCAAGGUUUUGGAGCAACCAAUAGUGGUGCAAAGCAUUGGUACAGAUGGCCAGCUCUUCCAGUUCAUGGUGUUCCAGUUAAAUACAACAGACCUUGUCUCUAGUGGUGGCAUAAAAAACCUAGUCUGGAUUGACUCUGAUCAGAAUCUGUAUGAAAAAGCCCAGUGUAUCCCAGAAGUCAAGAAGAGAGUUGUUAUGAAGCCCGCUGGAAUAUAUGGCUUUCAGCCAGACACAUUCAAGAAGUUUCUGGCACUGUAUCUGCAUGGAACUGUGUGAAAUUCAGCUCAAAUGAAAAUACUUCACCAACUGUACCUGCUGCUUCUCUUUGCCAGAACCAUCACAUAAUUAAAGAAA